UUUUUUUUUUUCUUCAGGAUAUGCUCCAAAACGGCGCCUUCACAGAAAAAAUUCAAAUAUUUCGUGCAGUUUAAUUCCGUGCUGCUGGCGGGAUAUUUGAGCACAACAUAUAGUCACUGUUUCCAGCGAAACAAUGGAGAAAGAGCUAACAAAACUGGUGCCUCGCGUGAUCGACGAAAAAAUGUUGGUGAUGGGGAGUAGAGCCGGGGCCAUUCUUUCAACAGAGUCGGAGAAAAGCGCGGCAGGUGCAAUUUUCCGGGAAGAGGGGGUCGCCUGGGACUCGGUGCAAUCCCUGGUUCUGGAGUUUAAGGAAAUAUGCCUGAUCACAAAUCUGUGGAAUUUCCGGAACUUGAAGUCACUGGACUUGAGUAACAACUUGAUCCAGGAAAUCUGUGGAUUGGAAACGUUGCAUAAGCUUCAGAAGUUGAACUUAUCCUUCAACUACAUCACAAAAAUCCAAGGCUUGCAAACUCUGACCGAUAUUCAAGAUCUUUCUUUAUACGAGAACAAAAUCGAAGUCCUGGAAAAUUUGGACGAACUAAAAAAACUGAGAAUCUUCUCCAUCGGAAACAAUCAGCUGUCUUCGAUUAGCAAUAUUCUAUAUCUGCGUAAGUUUGCAGAUCUGAGGGGACUGACACUGAAAGGAAACCCGAUUUCCGAGCAGGCAAAUUAUUUUUCGUACGUUGUUUCCCACCUGGAACAAAUAACCUUUUUCGACUACAGAUACCUUCUGGACUCCGAACGUGAAGAUGCUUUGGAACAAAACAGGAUAGCAGUGGAGACUCUGACGAACGAGGAAAAGCGGUUCAACAAGGUCCUACAAAAGCAACGAGAAGAGGAGGAAAAGCGGAACUUGCUGACUUUAGCAUUCGUCGACGUCAUAACCAGUCCUUUGGGUCUCUUGGAUUUCUUUGGGAUUCCAGAAACCGUAAAGCAAAAGUGUGCUUUGGAUAACUUCGAAGAGCUCUUCGGGCCGAUAGUCGGAAAAACGCUUUCCAAAUUCUGGGAAGAAGGGAAAAAGGUGCUCCUGGUUGCUCAGGAAAAGGGACUGAAGGCUUAUCAAGUGAGGAACUCCGACGUUCACAAAAUCAAGGAAUCGUUCAGUGCAAUUGAUAAGGAGAGUAGAGAUGAAGCAACGAGGUUGAUGGAAGCUUUCAAAGAAGACUUCAGAGAAAACAUCAAAGGUGUUGAAGAAAUUUUCGCUGCGCGUGGUUUGGACCGGAACACGAGAAAAUCGGAAGCGGAAUCUAGCAGAUCACCGACAUCCGCCUCAAAUGAAGAGUCACCCGACGAUGAACAGUUGUCCCAGUUGGCAAUUCAAGUCCUCGAACUUUCGCAAUCGUCUUGCGAGGAAAUUCGCAGUUCGCUCUUUGCCUUGGAAUUCCGAGCCGCAGGGGAACUCGAUAAUGCGCUGAAAAUAUUUGAUAAGCAAAUGACCUCUUCGAAAGAAGCUCUCGUUUCCCUCAUCUCCAAGGACUUGCAGAAAGUACUUCGGCUCGCUCAAGAAUUGGAAAAGUCACUUCGAAACUUGAAUGCUGCUCCAGCAGUGGAGGAGGGAAACGACGAGGAGACGAGCAAUAACUUCAUGCCCUUGAUGUGUGAUCUACAUAUGGCUCAGCAGAGCAUCUCGUCUUACCUCGACGAAUUCGCCUCUCGAUUAACCUUUUGGCAGAAGGAAGUCGUGGAUGAGAUCACGAAGAGCUCGGAAACUCGCCAUCGGAGACGUAUUGGUGACAUCGUGUCGUUUUCCGAACGUCACUUGAAAAAGGUGGAUGAUCUCAGGAUUGCUCUGGAUAUUGCGAAUGCGGAAUCUGCAUCGAAAGGGUUGGAAUAA